UUCUUCGAUGAUUGUUGACUUGUGCCUGGGAUCACAGAUUUAACAACUGCCCCUAGGAUGACGCCAAGCCUGCUUUGAUCUCAGUCCCUGAAUCAAUUAGUUAUGGGCCUUGAUCCACCCCAGGCUCAGUCCGGGAGAAGUGAAGAGUUGGCUGCAAACAUCUUUCGCCGAGAGUCCUCCUUCUCCUCCUCCUCUUCCUCCUCUUCUUCAUCCUCCUCCUCUGACCGUCGCCCCCGAUCUAAGCACCCCGAGCCUGAAUGUGAGCCCUUGGUGGCAGGGAACAAACGGGACGGCGGACCGGGAAUCGGCAAUACCCAGGGCGUCGGAGAGGCCGCGCAGGACACGGAUCUGGUGUCAUUGGCAAAGGACACUGACGAGGGAAGCUGUUCGGAGAUGGAAUACGCAGGUUCGGGCGAUGAUUUCAAUGACGACGAGGAGGCGGGCCUUACGACGCAGCAGAGAAAGAAGAGAGGCUUGCUGCGGAAGAAGCGUCGGGAAGAGGCAGACUCAAAGGAUGUCACACUCUCGGUAGCGCAGAAGCAUUUGGCGGAUAAACAUGUGGCGAGACGAUUGGCGGUUAAUGUGGUGUUUAUCCUGCUUUGGUAUCUGUUCUCGGUGUCCAUAUCGCUGUAUAACAACUGGAUGUUUGAUCCGAAACACCUCGACUUUUCCUAUCCCCUGUUUACGACUAGUCUUCACAUGCUCGUCCAAUUUUCGCUUGCGUCUUCUCUACUCUAUUUCUUUCCCCAAUUGCGCCCCAAAAAUCCCGCUGCUCCCCAGGCCACUACUUCGAUGACCGGCGGAGCCCCGAAUACGAGUCCAGUAGUGACCAGAUUGUUUUACUUUACUCGAUUAGUUCCCUGUGGCACGGCAACAUCGUUGGAUAUUGGUCUGGGGAACAUGUCUCUGAAGUUUAUUUCUCUAACCUUCCUUACCAUGUGUAAAUCCUCUACGCUAGGAUUCGUUCUCCUUUUCGCCCUCAUUCUCGGUCUCGAAACCCCGUCUAUGAAAUUAAUAAUGAUCAUCUGCACCAUGACUGUUGGAGUUGUGAUGAUGGUUGCCGACGAGGCCACAUUCAACGUCAUUGGAUUCUCCCUUAUUAUUGCCUCCGCAUUUUUCUCCGGGUUUAGAUGGGCUCUCACACAGCUCCUGCUCCUUCGCCAUCCCGCUACCGCGAACCCGUUCUCGACAUUGUUCUUCCUUACUCCAAUCAUGUUUGUUUCCCUGCUCGUUCUUGCACUUUUGAUCGAGGGGCCUUCCCAGAUCUUGACGGGCUUGGGAAUACUUACAGAUCAAUUCGGAACUCUGCGUACACUGGCGGUUCUGAUAUUCCCGGGAACCCUUGCAUUUUGUAUGAUCGCAUCCGAAUUCGCCCUUCUUCGUCGUUCUUCAGUUGUGACAUUGAGUAUCUGUGGAAUUUUCAAGGAAGUCAUCACCAUUGCGGCAGCGGGGAUUCUGUACGACGACCGUCUUACUCUAAUCAAUGUAGCGGGUCUUAUUGUCACAACCUGCUGCAUUGCGACAUACAAUUACAUGAAGAUUACGACGAUGAGAAAAGAAGCGCAAAAAGACAUUGCUGAACAUCCGAGCGAGCUUGAGCAUGAAUCUGAUGAUGAGUUCGGCCGUCGAGAUACGCGUGAUUACCACAACUCGGAGAAUUUAACCAACACCGCAGAAGACAGUCCUUAUAGACCUGUCAGCUCAGAUUUAGACCAUUCUGGUUCAUCGUCGAGAUCUCGGCGUGGAUGAAUUUCCUUUCUUCUUUCGAUAUGCGAUUCAGGUUAAUUCGUGGUGUCUCUCUGCGGUUUAGAAAAUGAAAUAGGAACGGUAACCAAGAUUCCCCUAAUAUGCGCGCGCUUCUUGGGCGGUUUAUAGUUUUCGGAUACACUGUGGAUAAGGUGUUGAAAUAGAUCAGGAGUUUUGUUCCAGUCAUGCCUGCGGCGCCUUCUUACAAUCGGUGUCUAUCGGAAAUUUUGUCAUCUCCUUUCCUCAUGUCAGUCGACUCUCUUUCAGCCCCGGAAUACCCUUAUUACUUUAAUCGGGGUUCUUCAACUGUAAAUCUGUGUUUCGGCCCUGUCAUUGUUAAGCUAAACACCCAAUGCUCUGGUUGUUCGUUCCCUUGGAUGUUGUGCUCCUAUUUCCUCGUAUAAUAGACCUGUAUAGAAGUAUACAGGUGCCCCGCAAGACGAACAGUUUUAUUUUG